GAGCAGCAUCAGUUUGUUCCAAUUGCUUUUGCCAAAGCAUCACAGAAAGGCGCCUCACGUCACGGGAUUCAGUGCUCGUUUGUUCUCCCUCGUGGUCGGUGCGUUCCAAAAAGAUUUUUUUUGUUCAAAAGUUACCGUAUCGUCCAACGGACAAAGCAGUGUGGAACAUAAAAGAAAAUCACCCAACAAUAAUCGUUUCAGUGAUUUAGAUUUUCUUUGGCUAUGUGCUACUGAUCAUGAAGUGAAUCCUAAAUGGAUUGGAAUGAAAAAGGAAAAUGAACUAACAUUUGGAAUUGAAUUGUGUGAUUAAUAAUCAAAGUGUUUGUAUUUUGUUUUAAUUGGUUUGGGCGAGAAAAUCCCACAAAAUUUAUUCCAUGUACUAUUUCAACAUAAAAUGAACAAAUGUCAGGGAGAUAAAAACAUUUCCUAAAUGAAAUGAAUUAAAUAUUAUUACUGGGGAUCCUCUGGAGUAUUGGUGGAUUCGACAAUUAAUAUUUAAAUGCACGAUUUAACCCUGAAACACCUCUCCUUCACUGUUUAGUGCCAUCAAGAGUAUGAAUGAGGUGGUGGACCGAGAGACUAACAAAUAGAGUUAGAGAGACAGAAAAUUCUAUUGCUCGUCCAUGGAGUUAUCAUAUAAACCCAGAGUGUGUCUCGCUGAAAGUAAUUUAAUAAACAAGACGAAAGAGUGAAAGACGAUGAUGCACUUCAAAGUGCUCCAUUGAGCCCACAAUUCAAUUUCUCACAGAACAAUUUAGUGGACAAUUUAUUUGGUGUAAUCCCGCACACAUAGUGAUACAACCAUCAUCGGUACGAGAUCUGUGGAUGUGAUUGAGUUCGAGGAAUUAACCAUUUAGCGUUCUAUACUGAAAUCCCGAUGGCGUUUCGACAGUCCAAACUUGUGCUUCUCUUCCAAUUUCCCACCAUUCUCCUCUUCUUGGCAUCAUGCGGUGACGCCGCCAGAGGACUAAGGAAUUUAACACUGUCGAUUGAACCAGCGUGGGUCCGACGGGGUCAAAGUGCUCAAUUACAUUGUCGCUAUGAGAUGAAAGGAGCUCCCCUAUACUCCGUCAAGUGGUACCGUGGUAACCUGGAAUUCUAUCGAUUCUCACCUUUCGACAAUCCUCCGGCUAAGAUCUUCCCAUAUACUGGAAUUAAAGUUGAUAUGUCAGUAUCGAAUGCCACACAUGUAACUCUGAGAAAUGUGGGAUUCAAUUUGUCGGGAAAUUUCACUUGUGAGGUGACUGCAGACGCACCAUCCUUCUACACCGCUCUUGCGACAAACAUAUUGACAGUUGUCGAACUACCCCAUUCCCCACCUACAUUGUGGACAGAACGAGUGAAGUAUGAUCCAGGCGAUAUGUUAAAUGCAAAUUGUUCGAGUCCACCAUCGAAGCCACCAGCAAGUAUAACAUUUCUUGUGAACAAUACUCCGGUUGGACAUGGCCCGACAGUCCUACACUCCACACACGACAAUUUACAAUGGGCCACGAGGAAUUUAUCCAUUCAGCUCCUACCAUCCCACUACCAGAACGGGCAAUUAGUGCUGAGAUGUACGGCGGAGGUUGGUGCUCUCUAUGCUGAGAGUACUGAAGCCCCACUCGGAACAUCGAGGAAGGAACCAAUUCCAGAACGAGUGACAUCACCCAGUUCAGGAACAAGCCCUAGUCCAGAUGCAGCCACACGAGUAAUUGCCGCAUUGUUAAUUAAAGUGUCUGUCAUACGAUUCCUGACGAGAUAGUGUGUGAGUGAAUGCAAUGGACACCCGUGCGGAUGUUAAGGAAAUGAAGAUGUGAAAAAGAGCGGAAAAUUGCCAGAAAUUUUCACUUGACCUCCUGCACGCAUUAUUAACAUAUUAGGUCUAUCCUUGAGAAGAUUCACCUGGAAGUCAGACUGCAAGUGAAGGAGGAAAACUUUCAGCUAAAGAGUAACGGAAAUUAUAUGUAAAAUUCAUAAAGAUAAUUUCAUGUAUUAUAUAAAAUUGGAGGUGGUUAAAGUGUAUAAUAUGAUAUUCUUAGAGUUACAAGAAUUCAUAAAUAUAUUAUAGAGCAUAAUAAAUAAUUUUGUAAACACCGUUAAGAAUCAAAGAAAAAAUAAAAAAAAACAAGAGAAAUGCUUACGAUUGAAAUUGAAUGAAAAUAUAUAAUCAAUAUUUUAAAUAGCUGUAAGAGGAUAAUAAAUUGUACAAUGA